UACAUUGUCUCUUCUACGGAGUUGAAACUAGAGAGGUUAUCAACAGCAUUCAAUGUGGGUGUCAGUUCAGUGAGGUCUGUGCGAUUGAUGAGAAGGAGGUAGCGACUUCAGCUGUCUGUAAAAUGUCAUCACGAUCAAGUUCCCAAAACUACGAGUGUGGGAAAACAAAGAAAGUCGUGAUUGUUGGAGGUGGCUUGGUUGGUGCUUUAAAUGCAUGUUUUUUUGCAAAGCGAGGCUUCCAGGUGGAAGUUUAUGAAGCACGGAAAGAUAUUCGAACUGCUAACGUUGUACGGGGAAGAAGUAUCAAUCUUGCCUUAUCUUACAGAGGUCGGCAGGCUUUGAAAGCUGUUGGAAUGGAGGACCAGGUCAUUUCCAAGGGUAUUCCCAUGAAUGCUAGGAUGAUCCAUUCUCUUUCGGGCAAGAAAUCCUCGCUUCCUUAUGGAAAAAAAGGCCAGUAUAUCCUUUCAGUGGACAGAGCAAACUUAAAUCGGGAACUAUUAUUUGCUGCUAGCCAGUACCCAAAUGUUAAGUUAAACUUUGAAGAGAAGUUGCAACACUACAGUGUGGAGAAGGGGUUGCUGACAUUUACCAGACCUGAUAACUCCACCUUUGAAGUUUCACAUGAUCUUGUUGUUGGAUGUGAUGGAGCUUUUUCAACUGUAAGGAAACAGUUCAUGCGACAACCCAGAUUUAAUUACAGCCAUGUUUACAUCCCUCAUGGUUACAUGGAGCUGACAAUGCCUCCUAAAAAUGAUGAUUUUGUAAUGGAACCCAAUUUUCUUCAUAUAUGGCCCAGAAACACCUUCAUGAUGAUUGCUUUGCCUAACUUGGACAAGUCAUUUACAUGCACUCUCUUCAUGCCUUUUGAAGAAUUUGAGAAGCUCACGACAGGAGAUGAAGUGCUUCAGUUUUUCAAGAAAUACUUUCCAGAUUCCGUACCUCUGAUAGGAGUUGAGGCACUGAAGUGGGAUUACUUUCGUUUGCCAGCCCAAGCAAUGAUCUCCGUGAAGUGUUCCUCCUAUCACAUUGGGACCAGGUGUGUGCUAAUGGGAGAUGCAGCUCACGCAGUAGUUCCUUUUUAUGGGCAAGGCAUGAAUGCUGGCUUUGAAGACUGCAUUGUCUUUGAUGAAUUAAUGGACCAGUUUAACAAUGACCUGUCUAAGUGUCUUCCUGAAUUUUCAAGGCUGCGUGUACCCGAUGAUCAUGCAAUAAGUGAUCUGGCUAUGUACAACUACGUGGAGAUGCGUAAGCAUGUGAACUCAAAGUGGUUUAUUUUCCGUAAAUAUGUGGAUAGCUUCCUCCACUUCUGCUUGCCGAACACUGUUGUGCCAUUAUACACCAUGGUGACUUUUAGCAGAAUACGUUACCAUGAGGUGAUAAAACGCAAUCAGUGGCAGCGCAAGGUAAUUAAUUCCAUGUUAACGGUUAUCGGAGUAAUCACCACACUAACAGGAGCAGUGAUUCUCUUAAAAUACUUGCCCAAGUCACUUCACACCAUGGAGCUGCUGAACAGGAAGUUUGGCUUUCAUUAAUCAAAUGAGAAGCAAAAUCCUUCUGGUUUUGAAACAGAGAAAAGAGAUCACCAUUUUAAUUUGUCUCUGUACAUAAAGUAAAGAUCUGAUAGAAAAUAUGCACUACCAACAUGAUUUUAGCACUGCCUGUAAUAAGUACUUUCUAAAAAUCAUUACACUAGCCUUGUUCUGCCUUUCUCAUGGAAUCAGACUUUGUGUUUGCUGGGAGAGUGGGUCAGUUUUUUGGGUGGCUCCAGCCGAGCAUUUACUGUCAUUUACUUUCAUCAUGUCCUGUGUCAGGAAACCAUGUUCCUUCACAAACUGGAUAGGGUCCUUAAGGUCUGAAAGGUGAGGUCCUCUGAUACAGGUAGAAUGCCACUGCUCAUCUCCUUCAAGAUGAUGGAAGAUGGCACAGCUGCCAAAUUAGUGUGUUACAAAAUGGCUUACCUGCAUCCUAUAGCUACAUCAGCAAUAAUGCUUAAAAGAAAGUAAAACCAGUUAACCAAAGUAAAUAUGAUUGAAAA